GGGACAUAAAACUCCUGUAGUCACGUGAACCCCUAACAAUCAGUGGCAGCUAUCCCAUCAGUAUGAAGCAUAACUGCUUGCUUCAUAUUCCCAUAGUGUGGGUUUUGCUGUGGCGUAGUGUUGAAGGACUUACCGUAAUCCAUGAGGGAGGAAAUGUGUCUUUGUCAUGGAAACAGCCCGACCCCCCUGUCAGGGAAUUUUCAAUACUAAAAUCAGGCAUAUGUGUCUUCAACGUUACUGACUUUGACAACGUCACAGCCUGUAACCCGAGAGUACAGUUCACCGGAAACGUGACAUCAGACGGAGCUGGAGUGUUCAGUUUUGUUCUACUGAACGUCACACAGGAAGAUGACGGCUCGUACAUCUGUUCACCUUACCAUACGGGAUCAAGGAUUGCUCGUUGUGGAGAAGAACUUCAUGUGUUGGAUGUCAAUGCCACGUAUGGUCUCCAUGGAGAACCUCUGUCUAUUUCCUGGAAUUUACCAAACCCUGGCGUCAAGGAGUUCACGGUGAUCAAGUCAGGUGAAUGCUUCUUCCACAUAACGAACUAUAAAGAAGUCACAAAGUGCGGCAACGCAAGCGGAUAUUUCACCGGUAACAUCACACCAUCAGGAAGUGGGGUAUUCAGCUUUGAUCUGCCUACUCUGAGCAGAUCGGAUGAUGGAUACUUCAGGUGUUUUGCUGGCUCGCCAAGUUCAAAAGGGCCAAGAAUACCUGCAUGUGGACAAGAGGUUUCUGUAAUAAAUGACUUACAGCAUCCAUACAUCGUCGGUCCCGAUGCCACGCAGCCUGGAAAGGGGUUAAAACUAGCCUGUCACUUUAAUAUUGCCGUUAACAGCCACAGGUACCAUCAUAUUAUCGCAUCCUUCACGUGGAGGAAGAAUGGUGUAACACUAGAGACAGGACACAGGUGUAAUGUGACGUCAGUACAUGCUCAGUGGAUGCUAAGCCUGCGAUAUUACAUUAGCUUUCUGACUAUGACCGAUCUAUUUAUGGAAGAGGACACAGAUCGCUACACGUGUCAAGCCCAGUUGGAUCACCGCCUCCGCACUGAGGAGAGUGAUGCGUACACCACAGAGAAGAAAUUGUCAACAGAUCUCUACACAAAUUAUACACUUGCCCGUGAGGGAGGGAACGCCACCAUAGUAUGGAAGAUGCCCAGCCAAGGAGGUCGGUUCCGCGUUGAGAAACCGAGAACACACGCCUUGAUGUCCAUGAUAGACGACAAUGUGCAUGUCUGGCGGUCAUUCUGGUCAAAGAUAAGGAUAACAGGGAUUAUUGUCUUCCCUGACUCUCGCGCUUUGCUGCUGACAAUGUACAACGUAAGGUUAAGAGAUGCUGGACACUACCACUGUGGCCGAUCGUUGUGUGGCAAUGUUCUGGUUGUACAAAAACCACCAAGCAAACCAGCCAUACUCGCUAGUGAUGCAGCUGUUGUAGGAGGACCUGUGACAUUAUGUUGCUCCUCAGAAGCGAAGAGUCUGCCGAAAAAAUAUCGCCCACGACUGUCUUACAUCUGGAGGAGGCACAACAAACGGCUACAACAUGGAGGGAUGUAUGUGAUAAAGGGAUCUCACCUUAUUGUCAAUGUAGCCAAGAUACAUCACAGAGGCAGAUAUUCGUGUCAGGCCAAGGAAGGGAGUCUGGCCUCUGCAUGGAGUGAUGACAUCAGUCUUGACGUCAUGGAGUCACCUUCCAAACCAAUCAUCAGUUCCCCGGUGGAGACUGUGUCAGUACGGACUGUAAAACUGACGUGUUUAUCAUCCUCUUUCUCGAGUCGGCAUCAUCACCACCCCGGUAUCAUCACAUACACUUGGAGGAGGAACAACAUCAAGAUACAGAGUGGAGGGAGGUAUGACAUUGACGGACCUACGCUCACCAUCACUGAUGUCGGCACAGAAGACGCGGGCAAUUAUUCCUGUCGGGCAGAGGAACGAGGAUAUCGAUCACCUUGGAGUGACGAUACAGAGGUUGCCAUCUUUGGCCCUGCCCCUUAUGUCAGCGCCCACGUUCAAGCUACACCUGGGCAGACAGUGACACUGACAUGUUCCUCCCCUGCCUGGAGUCGAUCCCGGACUGCACAUGUGGCCUACACGUGGAGAAGGAACAACGUCCAAAUAGAGAUUGGAGGAAGGUAUCAGAUGAGAGAAGGAACUCUCACCAUUACUGAUGCCAUAAAGGAGGACGAGGGCACAUAUUCCUGUCGGACUGAACACGAUACGUUGGUCUCUGACUGGAGCGAGACAGCUGAGAUCCUGAUUUGGGCUGAUCCAUCACAUACAACAGCUAUUGUUGCUGGUGCAUGUGCAGCAGUCAUUGCGAGUGUUGCAAUUAUUUUUGUCGUCUUCCUCCUUCUAUACAAAAGGACCAAACGUUCAGUGGAAAUAAGAUACAUCCCAGCAGACAGUGUUCGAAUGAGCGACAUCGACCAGUCAGCAAUUCCUGUUUCAGAUGAGGCCACGCUAAUAAAGGACUAGUGUUAGUAUUCGGAAACGUCAUGAACUUCAUGAAUGGUUAAGUGAGAUAGAUAAUGUUGCUUUGAGCAUUAUUUCACUUCUAUCGUAGUGUUUCAUCCACAUACUUGAGACAAAAACAAUUUUGUAACACUUAAGCAAAUUCCAUGGCAUGGUAUUUACACGGACUGACAGAUCAUCAUUGGUCAAUCCAAGAUUCCAGUCACACCACACAGGGAGUCUUUUACUGACAUAAUUAUGAAUUAUUAUGUUACUGAUAGCAUUUAUCGCUUUUAGUCGUUGCCGUUUCGUUCCUAUAUUUGGUUAUGUAUAAGUAGAUGGGUCCACAGAUUUUAUUAGUUAAUCAUAAAUGUUACACGUUAUAUAGUACAUUGAAUAAGUCAGGUGUUACAUCGCUUUGAUCAAUAUUCCUGUUUCAUCAAGCUGCGUUACCUUCAUGCGUGGAAAGUUAGUGUGAUGCCAUACACUUUACCACUCUUUGUGAAACCACAUGUUUACAGUGAUUAACUAUCAUGAACCAUGCCCUGGGCGUAUAUAAGAAUCCAACAGAUGGUCAGCAGAUCUUGACAUUUUGAGGGAGGUUACUCUGCAUCCAGGCCGCUGUUGCUUUUGCUGCUUGAAAAGCAAUAUGACCGUCAGGUUGUGUGUCACGCUGACAACAAAUCAGAAUUGUCUCCUGACGACUCGAAUUGAAAUUGAAAACCGGCCUUAGCAUUGGUGGUUUUGUAUAUAUUGCUUGAGAAUAUAUGGGUUCUGAUUUGCUCUGAAAUAAUUAUAUGAACGUUUAACUAUGUUUGUCUUUCUUCAAUAAUCCUUGCCAGGAAGCUGACACGAACAGUUGUCCUUGAUUUAUUGUAUUAGGAUGUCAAUCGUCUUCACUUUCCUGACCUUAAUUUUUGUGUUGUAUGACUUCAAUUUCUGAAAAUAAAAACGUCUGCCAUAAA